AUGAGCGGUGUCGAAGUCGCUGGUGUAGUCCUCGGCGGAUUUCCCAUUCUCAUCUCGGCGCUAGAGCACUGGCAGAGCGGCGCGAAGCUGCUUCAAGACUGGUGGCAAUUCCGGCGCGAGUAUCAGCGGUGCCUGCGGGAUAUUGGGUACCACGAGCUCGCUUUCCGACGGAAUCUUGAAGAGUGCCUUUUGCCGCUGAUUGCAGACGAUGACGAGGUGAAGACGCUGCUUGCGGAUCCCGCCGGGCCAGGCUGGAGUGUUCCUGAGCUAGAAGAGAAACUUGAGAAGCGGCUAUCUAAGUCUGCGUAUGAACAGUAUAAGCAGACGAUUGACGGCUUUACCUUUGACAAGUCUACCCGAAAGGCACUCUUCGAGGAACUCGCGGAAUACAACACACGUCUCCAUGAUCUUCUCGAUACUAGUGACAGGAUCUCAGCAUCCCGAGCAACCGCUUAUGCCGGCCGUGCUAAGGCGUCCUUGAAUAAAUCCGUACUGCAGUCUUGGAAAUAUGCCAACGGGAUCUUCAAUGUUAUCAAGACUGCGUGGACAUGUCACUGUCAACGGGUGCGCCACGUGGAUUUACUACUUAGGCAUCCGUCCGUAGCUGAUUAUAGCUUCCGAAUGGUUUCUCUAAUCGGGAAUGACGAUCCCAUGCCGCAGCCGCAACCGUGGACUUGGAGAGAGACAGAUAUCAGUAUGGUCUCUCAAGCAAAGCAGUCUCCAGUGGUUUCAAUUCCUGUCUCGCAACUAGCGAGGACUCCUCGAAGCGCUAUAUCGAUCCCAUCAACUCCGCGGCCAUCCAUUGUUAGCCGUCAGAAAGGACACCCAGCCACGCAAAUGCCUGCAACUGUUGCUUUCACCACCCAAAACAACACUAUCGAGCCCAGUAUCAGCAAUCUUUGCGAGGAGCUAGGGAAGCCGAAUGUGUCUAAUAUCGAACAACUAAAAGAUGAUGUCCCAGGUUGCAAUUAUACUGUGAUUCCCAUCGCCUCGAAAGAGGAUAUCCGAAAAACGAUCUCUCUUGAACGUCUUUUGGCCAGACCACCCAGGAUCGGAUUGAAACGCAGCCAGCGGUUCUUCAUCGCCUUCACCAUCGCUUCAUCCCACAUUCAACUGCAGUCCACGCCAUGGCUCGGCGGCCAAUGGAGCAAAGCAGAUAUCUUAUUCCCUUGCAACCCACAGGACUCUCACGGCAUACUUGCCGACCAGCCGUUCCUCUCGUGUAAUUUCGCCUCAUCAACCGCCCAGCCCAGCGUAUUCGGCGAUACGACGUUUUCCACGCUAGGGAUACUGCUUCUAGAGCUCUGUUUCGGCAUGCCAUUUGAGUCGACGGAAUUCCGACAGCGCUCACUGCCUGCAAAUGACCCCAACACUUUUUCAGAUCUUGGCGCAGCAACGGAGUUGGCAGGUGAGGUUCUGCAUGAAGUGGGACAGGAGUACGCAGAUGCGGUGGCGUGGUGCCUAACGCGGUUCAUGGUAGGGACGAAGAGGGAGUCGUGGAGGCACGAACUCUUGGUGAAUGUGGUGGAGCCGUUGCAGAAGUGCCAUCAGUCUUUGUUGUAA